AUGCAUCCAGUGUUUGGGGAAGAUCAAAUAUUGCCUCUUGAAAACAAUGUAGGUCCCAAUGGUGCAGAAGACGACAACUUGGAAGAUUCCAAUAAUGUUGUUGUAAUAGGAACUUUUGAUUGCUUGGGGACCAUUGAAGAUUUGAAUAAUCUAGGUAAAAAAUUUGAUGAAGGAGGGUCCACGGGUCUAAAAGAUUCAACUGCAGUUGACCAAGAAAGUUCAUUUCAGGAAGUUAAUAUGGAUUGGACCACUGAGAGCAUUAACCAAAAAGAGUCAUGUCUGGAUGGGUCCACUUAG